GCGCAGGAUCAUCGCCUCCCACACGGCAGCGCGCGCGCCGCCUCACUCUGACCACAGAGCCGAGUGGCGCGGCCGCUCGCUAUGCGAACCAAUGAACAAACUCAGUGAACAAGUGCUUGUGAACAGUGCAGUUUAAGUGAUCCUAUAUUACCUCAUUCAGAUGCCAGUGUGUUGUGAGCCAUGACGCGGGACACUUACGAAAUGAGCGGCAACAGGCUGUCGCGCGGCAGCUCGCUGUUCGGGGCCGACCCCCAGGUGCAGCUUCGAACCGCGCUCCGUACCAACGACUACCCCACAUUCAAGAAACUCGUCAGCUAUGGCGCCGUCGACCUCGAAUACGUCUACCAGUAUCCCGACUACAAAACGUGCCUUGAAAUGGCAGUCUCCGAACCGAAUAAACAGGAAUUCGUAAAGUUACUGCUACAACACGAAGUGCAAGUCAAUAAACUUAAUGAGACUCAUGCCGCCGCUCCAAUACAUUUUGCUGUCGACAGCGGUAAUAUUGAAGCCCUCAAGGCUUUGUUAGAAGACGAUCGAAUAGAUGUAAACAUCAAAAGUAAGGGAAACACGGCACUGUUAUUGGCAAUUAAGAAAAUCGAAGAUUCAGAUGACGAUGGAGACCGUGAACAAGAUUUGGCUAAGUACGAGGACAUUAUAGAGCUUCUUCUAAAAGCCGGCUGUAACCCCAACGCUCCCGAUUCUAAAGGUGUCACUCCAGUGUAUUCUGCGUGUAAGCAAGGUCUUGAAAGAGUUGUGACUUUUAUCAUAGAUUACGCCACGGAACCCGUUGAUAUAGACACAUACAAAGAUAGAAGAGGUAAAACUGCACGCCACUUCUUGAAAGAAGCAUUUCCACACUUAGAGGCUAAGUUCGACUCGGAUACACAAAAUGCUGAAGUUAUCGAUGUGGAUAAGUUGUUCUCCUAUCUCAGCAGACACGACGAAGAGAGCUUUGUCCGUGAUUUCGGCAAGCUAGUUAAGAAAAACAAUCACAAACCUGCAUUAGCAGCUAAUAAUGGGAUGAACACUAUGCUCCAGUUAGCAACAGAGAAAGGAUUUGAAAAAGUGGUUAAAACUUUACUGAGCUCUGGAGCUGAUCCUAAUGCAACAUGCUCUGGUAACACGAAUCGUCCGAUUGCGUAUGCUUGUCAAAACGGAUAUUCUAAAAUUCUUAAAAUGUUUAUUGACAACGAUUCUACUCUAUUCGACUGCGUUAACAGUGAGUCAUUAUUACAAAUUACUGUUAAAGGAAUGAGAUCUUAUGCUAAAAAUCCGAAAUCAAACUUCAAAGAGUGCUUAGAAAUGUUAGUUAAACAUCCCAAAAUCAAUAUUAAUGUCAAUCAUUCUGACAUGAAAGAUAAUACAGCUCUGCACUACGCUGCUAGAAAUGGUGAUAAUGACACGGUGUUGGAAUUGUUAAGGAAUGGAGCUUGUAUUGGAUUACGCAACAAGUUUAACGAACCACCAUUGGCAGAUAUUAACGCCAAAACAUUGGAAACAUAUCUAGACGAAUGUAUCACGACGAACGGCGAGCGGCCCACUGAUGACGACUACGAAAUACACAUGAAAUAUAGUUUCCUAGUUUAUCCAAACAAUUCGCUCGAAAACGAAGUAUGCAAAGUGCCACUAAUGGAUAAUUCUAACAAUAACGUCAAGGAAUAUGAUGCCAUUUUGGCACCAGAAACAGACGCAUUAUUAUAUAUGACAAGAAAUGAGGAUUUAAGGCCACUUCUAAAACAUCCCGUAAUCACCAGUUUUCUCUACUUAAAAUGGCAAAGAUUAAGUUGUUUAUUCUAUGCGAACAUUACAUUUUACUCUCUGUUAUGGUUGAGUUUGAUUCUCUACAUUAUAUGGGGAUAUGGUGUGGAGAAAAAACAAUCCGAUGCUAUAGAGGUAUUGAACGUGGUAACACAUAUUGGGGCUGUAAUCGGUCUGAUUCUUCUUGUUGUCCGAGAACUGUUUCAACUGCUGGUCUCGCCCACAAGAUACUUACAAAGUAUUGAAAACUGGAUGGAGAUCGCGUUGAUAGUCGUCACUGCGUGGAUAGUCUGCUACGAUUCGGCUCAAGAAUCUACAAAACAACAACUAUCAGCAGUGGCCAUUUUGUUAUCAUCAGCGGAACUCGUUCUGCUUAUUGGUCAAUUUCCAACAUUAUCGACAUACAUCGUGAUGUUGAAAACCGUAUCAUGGAAUUUCUUCAAGUUCUUGCUUUGGUACUUUAUCCUGAUCAUUGCCUUCGCUUUGAGUUUCUAUACUCUUUUCAGAAACGUUGUAGAGGACAGCGAUCAAACCCCUCCAAAUCCUAACAACACCGGCAAAGAAAAGGAAGAUGAGGAAGAAGACUUUUUCGAAGAUCCAGGACGGUCCCUGUUCAAGACUAUUGUGAUGUUGACAGGCGAAUUUGAUGCCGGAUCUAUUAAGUUCAGUACAUUCCCGGUGACCAGUCAUAUUAUAUUUAUUGUUUUCGUUUUUAUGAUUCCUAUUGUGUUGUUCAACCUUCUGAACGGUUUGGCCGUUAGCGAUACACAGGAGAUUAGGGCAGACGCCGAACUCGUUGGCCAUAUUUCACGAAUCAAACUCAUAUCUUAUUUCGAGAGCGUUCUGAUUGGUAACGCGAAAGAAUACGCAAAACCAUCGAGGUGCUGGUCAUGGCUACCACAGUACUUACAAGAAAUGCAUAUAAUUACACCAAAGAUGCUGUGUAUAAAACCUUUCGCCAAGCGCAUAAGCUUGUUUCCUCACUUCUUGCCUAAAUACCGGAUAAUAGUCAAGCCGAAUCAAGAGAAUAAAAUCGAUAUACCUCAUGCGGAACCGCUGGGAAAAUAUGGUGAUGAUUACGAGGAUGUUGAGACAGGUGGAUGUUGCUUCGAACGCUGCCAGAACUACAGACUUGAUCGGAAGAUUGUGAAGAAUGCAAAGGUUGUGAUAAGCAAAAAGACGAAUGUAACGGUAUUUGACGAAAUUAAAGACAAGUUGAAUCAGUAUGAAACAAAAAUCGAAAGUUUGGAAACAACAUUAAAAGAGGUGCUGCAGGCUAUUCAGUCCUCUCGAAACUACUAAUUCUUUACAAUCGCAUUUAUAGAUUUCGUUGUAUUUACAAUGUUUUUUUUAUAAGCUUUACAUUAUAUUUUUAAAAGUAUUUUACGUAAAGUACAAUAGAGAUCGCAUAUUUAUGUUACAGCUUCGCAAAUAAUUAUUAUGUAAUUUUUAUUAGAUGUUUUUAUUAACCUCGAUGUUUUGUCGCUAAUAUUUAAAACUGCCUUCCACUAGAUUAAACGAAUAAUUAUUUUAUUAUAUUGUAGAAUGUUACAUUUUAUUGACAUAAAUAACAUUGAUCCAAGAAAAA